AUGUCGUCGAUGUCUAAAACCAAGGGAAUUCUAGCGAUGCCGCACCUUCUGGGGGGCAUCAGAUACAUGCAGAUCGCCAAUUUUAGGAGACUGGCCAUGGAUGAUGAGGAGAGGAUGCGGCCUGCUACGCCUAAGCGCAGGUACUUGGAAGAGUGGCCGAAGCGCGAGGAGGCCUUUGCUGCCGUACGAGCGCAUCUACAGGGCCCCAGCUUCCGUGUGGCCCCAACUGAAGGAAACUCGGAAGAAACCAUCAAAGGAAACAUCAGCGCAACCGAGACCCGCUUCAGAGGAACCAGUCUGGAAGAGCCGUUCAGGGGGAGCAGGACAAAUCUGAUGCAAAAUGAAGGCAGUACUAGACCUUCACCUGCCUUCAUGGAGCCGAAGCUGAGGCCAUUAAAUAUGAGACAGCAGAGGGAGGUUUAUAUGUGGUCCGAGCCAGAACCCAAAGAAGAAACUAGGGCGGAAAGUGUUCAAGAAGAGUCGAGCGAGGAGAAUAUGCGAAAGAGAUAUGUUCCAAUGCAGGAGGUGGUCUACGGACGCAACGAACCGGAUGACCAGGUGGAGAUGCAACGUAAGGCUGAUGCUGAGCUCCUGCGUCGAGUCAGAAACCGUUCUCUGACUUUUCCGACCGUAUCGGCCAAAGUGAACCUCUCGGACGGCGCAUUCAAUCAGCAUCGUAACCGCUGGGCAAUCUUUAGACGUAAGAUGGUCUAUGGACGUGCCGAAAGCUAA